AUGAAUUUCACACCUGAGGCCAACAAUUUGACGGAAGCUGUAAAUCACCUGGACACAUUAAUUACAGCCGUUGGCAGGAAUGUGACUGUUGUUGUCCUCGGCAUCGCCAUCAGCUACAUCAAUGCCACCAUGGUCCACACAUUCAACAAACAUCAUAUCUUCAGGGUGAAUGCUCGCUACAUCCUUUUCAUCCACUUGGUGUUCAACGACAUGAUCCAGCUGACAACCAGCAUUUCUCUCUUCAUCUUCACCUACGCCUUCCACUCCAUCUACGUCUCCGUCUGCAUACUCCUCGUCUUGCCAGCUACUCUCACCACACAAAACACCCCUCUGAAUCUAGCUUUUAUGGCAGCAGAGUGCUACAUUGCUGUCUGCGUUCCUCUCCGCUAUAACUACAUAUGUACUGUCAAAAGAACAUAUAUUGUAAUUGGCAUAAUUUGGGCGAUGAGUUCACUUUCUGUCCUGCCGGAUGUCUUCAUCCUCCUGGCUACUGAACCUCUGGAGUUUUUAAAUUCAAGAGUGUACUGUUCCAGGGAUACUGUGUUUAGGAGCACCUACAGUCUAAAGAAGAGGGACACAUCCCACAUACUGUUUCUGGUAGUGGUUUGGCUCACUCUGUUCUACACUUACUUCAGAAUUUUGUUUGUGGCCAAGGCUGCAAAUGCAGAUGCUAAAAAGGCAAGAAACACUAUCCUGCUUCAUGGUUUUCAGGUGCUGCUGUGUAUGAUGGUCUAUGUGCGGCCUAUGUUACUUCAGCUUCUCAUAUACUUGUUUCCAGGAGGUGUUAGAUCCAUAAAAUUUGCUAUUUUUACUACAAUCGAAAUCCUCCCUCGAUUUGUUAGUCCUAUUGUCUAUGGGCUACGAGACAGGACUUUCAGGAAGUACUUCAAAAGGUACCUCCUAUGUACAGUAACCAUAAAUAUCCAUCGAAAGACAACACUAAAUGUGCCAUCGUAA